ACACGCACACACACACGGACUCUCUCAUAUAGGAGGAUCCCGGUAGAGAGCCGGAGAUUGCACAUCCGAGCGAGCACCGAGGCGCACUACUUCUUUAACUUCCUCCCCCUACACUCACACACACACACACACACGCCCACCCACCCCAGCAUCAACAGGAACCUACAAAUAAAAAAAACGGUCCAGCUCCGGCUUCAGCCUCCUCCAGACACUGACACACUGCUCAUCAUCUGUUUCACUCCGGAAAUCCUGCGGAUUUUUCUCCUUUUUUUUUUGUCUACCAUUGUCUUUCUCUCAGCGGAUCAAUUAAGACGCGGUGCUGCACGGGAAAUUUAAAGCGACGGUGUGUUUGUGUGUGUUGGUGUGUGUGUGUGUGGGUGUGUGUGUGGGUGCUGCAGUGUUCACCUGCAUCCCCGGACUUGGAAAGGAGCAACAGCCGCCGCCGGCGCAUCAGUGAGGUAGAACAACCCUAUAUCAAGCUGCAGCCAUGGAUGAGAUGGACCUGCCCCAGAUGAAGAAGGAGGUGGAGAGCCUCAAAUACCAGCUGGCCUUCAAACGAGAGAAAUCCUCCAAAACGGUCACAGAUUUGGUCAAGUGGAUUGAGGACGGCGUUCCUGAGGAUCCCUUUCUAAACCCAGAGCUGAUGAAGAACAACCCAUGGGUGGAGAAAGGCAAAUGCAUCCUCCUCUAGGGAGAAGAAGCAUACAUCCUCCGAGGAUCACCCAUGUCAACAGUAACCCUACAGAUGACCCCUGAAGCCGACCCGGACUGUGAGGGCAGUGGCCGGACAGCGCCCAAUGUGCCCUCACCAUGAAUGUAGUACAGCUGUUACCCCCCACCUCACCCUAGACACACGCACACACAACCACAAGGGCACAGAAACACUCACUGACACUCGCACACAUCAUCGCUCUAAACCUUGUCUGACUCUUUCUCUGCAAGUUUAUUCCUUGCCACGGCAAUCUAGCAUUACUAUGAUAUGAGAGCAACAAUCAUUACUUGUACUACACUGGUUUGUAUGAAUAUACUGUUUGAUUAUUUAUUUAUUCUGCUGCCAAUUGCAAUCUUGUUUUUUUUUAAGUCCCACUUUAACGCGUUAGUGAUGUGUAAUACAAUGUUGAAUCACAUUCUCACUGCCAGACUGACUGUAGGUGGAAGAAAUGUAACACUUUCAAUAUCAUUAAAAACAUCUUCAUAUUUACUUACUUUUAACUCAAAUGAGAGAUUUCCCAAGUAAGAGAUUAGCAAAAGAAAAAAAACUUACUAAAACAGAGAGUUCACCAAUAAUAAUGUUUAACAGUGAGUAAGUAACUCUUUCAGUGUAAUUGACAUAGAUUGACAUAAAAUACUGACGUUAAGAAUAGCAGAGAAAGAUUUUGUAAAUCAUAACAGCUUAGUUACGUUAUCUGUUAGCAAACAGUUCAAUUUAGGUUCAAUCCAUGCUAACAAAAUAGUCUGUAGAAUGGAGCAUGCAAGUGGAGAUGUUGAAUGACCCGUUUUAAAGUUUGGGGGGGAAAAAAAGUAUUUUUGAAAAUUCUUGAUGAACUGGUAGCCCACUUUGUGCAGAUUGCUUUCCAAGCAAGACCAACAAAUUAGCCAUUAUCAUGGGUUUUUAUGAUCUUCUUCAGUUUGUUUUCCCUCUGCCACCAUAAAAUUCAAUUGCAAGCUAGGAAUUGAAACCAUGAGCUAUCUGCAUGCUAGCCCUACAUUAGGCGUAAUGUUAGUCCUUUAAAAUAACUGACAUCUAUUAAUACGGUAUUGGUAAUUAAACUUUUCACUAGAGUUGUAAAAUUUGUUUGGUUAAUUGUUUUUGAGACACUCUUGUUAUCUUUGAGACUGAUGGACGUUAGCAACAUUAUGUUUUGCUUUUUGAGAUCUUCUAGCCUACUUCAUGUUGCCAGAAAGGCACUACUUAAGUGAUUUCUUAAUGCUACAGAUCUGGCAGUCAUCACGCCUAGGGCUGAAAUGAAGAAAAAAAAUAUCUACUUCGAAAAAUAUCCAUAGAGGUGCAGUUUGGGUUUUCAGUAUAAAAGCUAACUUAAUAAUUUACUAGCUGUCCAGUCCUUACAAAAUGUAACAGCCAAGCAUACUGAAAUGCAACAAAAUGUCUUAUUAGCAAAGUUAGCGUAGCAUAAACGUGAAAGUCAUUUAGUAUGGCUUGUUUAAACAACAACAACAACAACAACAAAAAAAGAAUGAACAUUUGGACAAGUGAAAUACAAUUUUUUUUAAAACACCCCCCACGAAUUGUAUAAAAAAGUUUUGUCAUAGCAUUAUAUUUAGGCACCUCACAAUACAACAGUAGCCCCUUUGCUGAAGCACACAGAGUAAAUGGUCACCAAAUUAUUCACCUGCCACACUGAGAAACACAAAGAGAGCAAAAGGAGUCAAAACGAUUGGAUAUACAGUAGCUGCCUGGACUGGGGCAGAGGGUGAAUAAUCCACUGCUUUGUACAGGGGCUACAAAACACUUAAACACUUUUACAAUUAUUUAGGCCAAUGAGCUGCCCAACAUUUAUUUCAUAAGCAUAAUGAAAACAUUUGUCUUAGAUGAAAAUAUCAUAUAACAACACAGCGAUCAAUGUAAAUGUAGCUAGUAGCCUGCUGCUUGCUAAGUGUGCUGCUACAGGUCCAAGUAGCUAAUGUUGUCCUGUGGUGUAAAAAUCUGACUUUUGCCCUAUGAGACUGUUCAACAAGAAAUCUCUUAAACAACCACUGUAGUUGUUACACUCUCCUAUUGAAUGUGGCUACUACAGCUGAUUGAAGAAUACCUCCGUGAGUAUACUUAGCGACGUUUGUGCAGACUAUGCUAGCACCCGAGCUGCUUCCGAAACUAGCUUCCUGUUAUGUAUGACUGCUGCCCUGUUCAGAUAAAAAACAACUUCAUUUCAAGGACAAUCAUCAUAUUGAAAUUUAGCUUGAAUGUCAUGGCGUCGGCAGUUCUCCAAGCGCAGUCAUAGCAAAGUGAAACUCUGGGUCUCUGGGGCGGGUUUAGGUUUCUGCUCCCUCUCAUCCUGAACCACAGCCCCUAAAGACCACGCACAACCGCGGAGACCAACGCAGGAAACCUUUCACAUGCAUCCCUCCUCACAUGUAUAGACGGACCCCUUUAACUUAUUAACUUAUUUAUUUAUUUAUUGAAGAGAACUUUCCUUAACCUUAAGCUUUUUUAUAUAGUCGCAACCUUUCCUCUUUAUGUCCUCCUCAAAAAAAUAAAAAAACACAAAUAAAAAAAUAAAAGAAAAUCACAACUACAAAAAAAAGCUCCACCUUGCCAGAUCACCAUCUACGACUGCCUUGUACACAGUUUCCUUAAAACCAGAAUGUAAAUAUGUGGCAUGAGGUUCCGACAUCACUGCUGACCUCAGAGGUGGCCUGUGAGUGCAUGUGACUGCAGUCUUGUGUUUAUGUGUGCAUACUUUCAGAAACAAAUCUGGACAAGAGGCUCCCAUGUGGGCUGCGAAGCGCAAAUGCAGCUGCAUCACACACGGGCGCGCACAUGUGGGGGCUGAACAGAUCAGCAACGACAUACACUCACACACACACACACACACCAAUGCACGCUACUCAGUGAGAAUGUGUACCAAGGGAAGUUUGGCAAGGACAAUGGAGUCUGGACGCGACUUGGGACAGCAGAGCUUCACAUCUUCUAUGUACUGUAUUAAAUCAGAUUCAGUUUGUGUUGCAGCGGCUGCUCACGGGAGUUGUACUCUACUUCCAAUUGAGUUUGAAUUAUAUCUAAACUUUCUUCUUUUUUUUUUUUUUUGCUAUCAAGAGUUGUUAAGUAAGUUUAGUCUACACACGGGCUGUGAAAGCAUGUUUUACAGUCCGAAAAUGUCUUAACCAUAACAGCAAAACUUAAAAAAUACCAGUUGAGUUCAAAGUGACAGCCCUACACAAUGCAAGCAAUGUCAAAACAUAAAGGAAAAAAAAUGCUAUAUUUGUUAUUCCAUGAAAAGUAUCAGAAAAGGAAUGUUUAAGUACUUCAAGGAAUUUCCUUUUCUGUAAAAUGAUCCCUAUGCAAUAAAUGGGCCAACACCAUAGUAUGAGAAACAUUUCCAUACCGUGACACUUACCGCGUUUCUAUCAAUGUUUUUUUUAUUAAUUCUCAUUUGAAAAUAUCUUAUAUGACUGAAACAGCAAAAUUUGAAAUAACUUACUCAAUUUCACAAAAAUGUUUUUACACUCGCUUUUUAUCUUUUUUUUUUUUUUUUACAAAAAAAAGAGACAAUGCCGUAAAGUGAAGACAAAAAAACAUUUGCUGAUGCGUUCUGAUGUAGCGACCUUUCACCUCACUUGACUGAUCAUUGGUUUCUGCUGUCGCCGUUUGCAGUUAUUUCUCCAGACAUCAUGUAACGUCGCAGAAACUGGGUGACAUUACAGAAUGUUUACAACUUGGCCGACAGCAACACAUUCCUGAAAACCUCUCUCUAUUUUUCUGGGACUUGUGGUCCAUGCUAGUUCACGACCUCUACUUCCUGUUUAUUACAACCAUGUGUAGCGUCAAUAUCUAACAAAGUCACGUUUUGCGUAGCCUGGUUGAUUCGCUCCAAACCAAUAGUAAGAAAAAUGCCUAUUUUGCAUUUUCUUUUUUGCGACAUUUUAAAACAUUCACUCAAAAUUCAUAUGAUAAUUGAACGGAAACAUAGCUACUGUCUAUAACUCCUAGAACUAAAUAGACUAACUUUGCAUGGACCUUUGUAAUCUCUUUAACACGUAAUUUUUUUUCAACAGUGAUAUUUGCUUCUUCACCCUUAAAUAAACGCUGCCUCUUUGACGCCAUGUUUUCCCCCACACAAUUAAUGACCUCAGUAGUUGAACUCCAUGCAGCUGUUGUUCAAACGGACCGCUUUCAGUGAAUCUGUUGCAUGGAGCCAGCCGAGUGGCUGUUGGGUCUGUUAGUUUCUACUACUAUACAACACCUGCUAGUAAACAAUUGGUAAAGUGGAAAAGUUUGUGAAUCAGUAGUCCAGUGAAAGCAGUCAUUGGACUAGUGAUUGGAGUAGAAGUGCUAUUACUUUGAACACAACCGAAUCCGCAAACCCCAAUCUCAGCAAAGAUCUAGAACAAUGUUCCUACUAUGGAAGAGCUUCCAUUGACUUUGGAUUUGCUUCUGGGCUUCUUCGUACCGUCCACCUGAGUCCCUCCGAUUAUUGUCUUCAAUUCUGUAAUUUAAAAUAACUUUAACAUUUAAAGGACUGAAACGUGCUUAGUCCUAAUGGGAUCACAUGGAAAAGCACCAAAUUGUCUGGACUAACCCUACAAAAGACGUACAUGAGAGGACUCCUGCCUCUGUCUGUCCCUCGUCUGUUUCACGUCCUGCUUCUGUAGCUUUACGUGUUUGGUUUGUUUUUCGAUGAUCUGAACUUGGAUGUGGAUGUCUAAUAUUACAACAUUACGACUGUAUAAGACCUUGUCUAGAUAUUUAGCAACAUAUUCUAUGUGGGAGUGCUUUGGAAAAAUUAUGCAUCAGAUCAAAAAGUCCUAGUAUAAGAAUGACAAUGAGCAAUAAAUUAUAGACCGUUUUUUUAUUGAAUGUUUUACAAAAACAUUUACCUUACUGAAUAAAGUAGAAGAUUUUUAGACAA